GGCACUGACCCAAUAAUGAAAGAGAAGCCGGGAGAGCUGGACGAAUGGAAGAGAAGCUGCCAAGAGAGGCAGGUUGUUGUUCGAAGGUGGGUGAGAUUGGCGUCUUCGGCAGCCAGUGACGUUGACAUACCUGGUCGGCGCGGGCCAAUGAGAGCGCGGAUGGGCGGGACAGGCCAUCCCCUGAAGCUUGAGGACAGAGUUUCCUGGCGAUUGUUGUUGUUAGCGGCGUCGGAGAUGGAGCGGGCGGGUUUGGUGCGCUUCGGGGUCUUCUUGGUGCUGCUUUUGGCGGUGGCGCCGGCGCUGCUUGGCGGCCGGGAGCUCCGGUUCGGAGCGGGGAGGCUGCGGGCCCGGCGGAGGGCGCAGGAGGGCCGGCCCGAGGCGGAAUGCGGCCCGCGGGACGGCGGUUUUGCCUUGGAGGCGCUGAGCAACAACACUCACAAGCGCAUCUUCAAUGACCUCAGUGGUUCAGUAUCCCUCUCUUGGAUUGGAGACAGCACUGGGGUUAUUCUUGUGUUGACCACAUUCCAGGUACCACUGCUGAUUGUAACUGUUGGACAGUCUAAACUCUAUCGAAGUGAAGACUAUGGAAAAACUUUCACGGACAUCACGGAUCUUAUUAACAACACUUUCAUCAGAACAGAGUUUGGAAUGGCUAUUGGACCUGAGAAUUCGGGAAAGGUUAUAUUGACAGGGGACAGAUCUGGACCGGAACAUACAGGCCGAAUCUUCAGAUCAUCCGAUUUUGCAAAAAACUUUGUACUGACAGAUCUCCCUUUCCAUCCUUUGACACAAAUAAUGUAUCACCCUGAAAAUUCUGAUUUGUUGUUAGCCCUCAGUACUGAGGGGAGCCUGUGGGUAUCCAAGACCUUUGGUGAGAUAUGGAAAGAAAUCCACAAAGAUGUUUGCCUGGCCAAAUGGGGCCCUGGCAUAACCAUCUUCUUUACCACUUACCUGAAUGGCUCUUGUAAAGCUGAUCUUGGGUUACUGGAGCUGAAGAGAACCAAAGAUUUUGGGAAGACAUUCAAGACAAUAGGAAACAAAAUUUAUUCCUUUGGCCUGGGUGGACGCUUCCUCUUUGCAUCUGUGAUGACAGAAAAGGGUAAUACAAGACGAAUCCAUGUGUCACUGGAUCAAGGUGAAACCUGGAACAUGGCCCAGCUUCCUUCAGUGGGACAAGAGCAGUUUUACUCGAUAUUGGCAGCUAAUGAUGACAUGGUGUUUAUGCAUGUUGAUGAACCUGGAGAUACCGGACAUGGAACAAUUUACACCUCUGAUGAUCAAGGCAUCAUAUAUUCCAAAUCCCUAGAACGACACCUUUACACCACCACUGGAGGAGAGACUGAUUUCACCAAUGUGACCUCCUUGCGAGGCAUCUAUAUUACAAGUGUACUCUCAGAAGAUAACUCAAUUCAAUCGGUGAUUACCUUUGAUGAAGGAGGAGAAUGGGUUCAUUUGAGGAAACCUGAAAAUGCAAAGUGUGAUUCAACAGCCAAAAAUAAGGAGAAGUGCAGCCUUCACAUCCAUGCGUCGUAUAGCAUUUCACAGAAGCUGAACGUACCAAUGGCACCUCUGUCGGAACCUAAUGCUGUUGGCAUCAUCAUUGCUCAUGGAAGUGUUGGAGAUGCUAUUUCAAUAACAAACCCAGAUGUUUACAUUUCGGAUGAUGGUGGCUACACCUGGGCACAGAUGCUGAAAGGACCCCAUCAUUAUGCCAUCUUGGAUUCUGGGGGCAUUAUCGUGGCUGUUGAGCACACACAUCAUCCUAUCAAAAUGAUUAAGUUCUCAACAGAUGAAGGGCAGUGCUGGCACAACUAUGUUUUCUGUAAUGACCCAAUAACAUUUACUGGAUUGGCAUCAGAACCAGGAGCAAAAUCGAUGAAUGUUAGUAUCUGGGGAUUUCAAGAAAGCUUCCUGUCCCGCCAGUGGAUCUCCUAUACUAUUGACUUUAAUGAUCUGCUCAGCAGAGACUGUGAGGAGAAGGAUUAUACAAAGUGGCUGGCUCACUCCAGUGAUCCUAGUGACCCUGCAGAUGGGUGCAUCCUCGGUUAUAAGGAGGAAUAUUUACGGCUUCGCAAGUUCUCUGUUUGUCAGAAUGGACGAGACUACAAAGUGACCAAGCAGCCAUCUGUCUGCACUUGCACGUUAGACGAUUUCCUUUGUGAUUUUGGCUACUUCCGCCCAGAAAACCAGUCUGAAUGUGUAGAGCAGCCGGAACUGAAGGGUCAUGACCUGGAGUUUUGUCUGUAUGGAAAAAAAGAGAGAUUAAAGACCAAGGGAUACCGUAAGAUUCCAGGAGACAAAUGUGUUGGUGGGGAAAAUCCCACCCGUGAAGAGACUGAUUUGAAAAAAAAAUGUACAAGCAACUACUUGAACUCAACCCAGUUGUCUACCUCUUCCAACUCCACUCCAGUCAUCCUGGCUGUAAUAGGCUUGAUGCUUACCACUGCUGUAGCUGGAGUCGUCGUCAUUAAGAAAUAUGUUUGUGGGGGAAGGUUUCUAGUUCAUCGAUAUUCUGUCCUGCAACAGCAUGCAGAAGCUAAUGGCUUUGAUGGACUUGAUGCACCAGAUGCCAGCAAAAUUGGUUACCAUGAUGAUUCAGAUGAGGACCUCCUGGAAUAGUGAUGCACAGACUUUUCUAGAAUUGGAUACGUAUGGGUUUGGAUGCUGCUACAGAAGGGUGCAAAUGCUGACAGCCCAUUUAACUCCCAGUCUGGAUGCCUGUCUUGUGUCUGAGGGAUUCUGUGUUCCUAUUGCUUCAUCAAACUUUCCAAAAUCCACAAAACUACAAGACCUGUAUUGGGGAUAGGGGUGGGAGAGAAGUUUGUAGCUCUGAGUAAAGAGGAAGAAAACUUCUUUUUUAAAAAAGGGAGGAGAAAAAUGUUAACAUUAUUUUAAUCAGAUUUCUUUCCAGCUCUUAAAAGUACUAAUAGGUAUGUGAAAGCAACAUUUCACUCAAUAUUAGCAUUACUAGUUCAGUAUGUUAUGCUAUUGAGAGAAAGGCCCAAAUUCCCAGAUUGUGGUUCCAACACUGUGGUGAUAACGGCUUUAAAACUGCUGCGAUGUGAUCAGCACACAAAGCAAAGAGGUGCUGGGGCACAAGGACUGAGGGUGCUGAUAGCAUCCCAAAGGGCUGUGUGCCAAAAUGAAAUUGCUUUCUGUUUUAACUAAAAUAUAACCCAUUGGGUAGUUGUGUGCUGUACAAAGCCAGACAAUAUUCCAAGGCUCAAACAAACUCUGUGGCUGCGCUCUACAAUUCCAGGGAACUAAACUGUGAAACCAGCAUAUGUGCUGCCAUAAAUCUUUGACAAAUGAAGAAUAAGAAGAAAGAAAACAAUGACAACUAUUGAGCAAGUUUAUCUUGUGUUUUGUGGGACUAAGCGGUACAAAUCUUUUAGAAACAAGACUUGUUUAGAAUGUUAUGAUCUCAUGAAGUAGCAGAAAUUAAGUGCUCUGCAUCAAGUUCUUGAAGGAAUGUUUUGUUAUAGGAGGCACCGAGAUGUUUUUCAAUGUUCAGUUUUUCACUAUGCACCUGUCCUAAUGAAAGCAAUAGAUAAAUGGUAGCAAGUUGUGCUCCACUUUGGUACUGUGUUACCAUUUUCCCAUACAAUUUGAGUCUGACAGUUAAAAUGCAACAUUGCCCAGAUGGAUUUAUAUUCUUUCCCAGUGCUGUUUAGUUCAGUUUUGUGAGUUGAAUCUUAAAACAUAUAAUAAUUAUUAACCUAAUGGUUGGUUUGCUUAGAUGCUUUUUUUGUGUGUGUGUCAGGAGCAACUUGAGAAACUGCAAGUCGCUUCUGGUGUGAGAGAAUUGGCCGUCUGCCAGGACGUUGCCCAGGGGACCCCCGGAUGUUUUGAUGUUUUUAUCAUCCUUGUGGGAGGCUUCUCUCAUGUCCCCGCAUGGAGUUGGAGCUGAUAGAGGGAGCUCAUCCUCGCUCUCCCCGGGUGGGAUUCGAACCUGAAAGCUUUCAGAUCAGCAACCCAACCUUCAAGUCACAAGGCUUUAAUCCACUACGCUACCGGGGGCUCCACAGAUGCUAAUUGGCAAUGAAAUAUCCCAACUUAAUGACUAUUGGGAAAGGGACAGAAAGCUUCUUGAUAAAUAGAAACAUGUAUUGAACUAGCCUGUGUCAUUUCUGGUGUUUGAUUUCCACUGCCUGUAAGAAGUCAAAUUUAUUUGAAGACCCUUGAUCUGAAAGUCUUUGCUAACUUUCAGUUUUUUCCUAGAUCAGUUUAGACCCAAGUUGGUGGUACUUGUCUUAGAAUUUGGUUCAGAUCCAACACAAGAAUCCCGCACAGAGGAAGGCUUUCCAUGAGCCUAACAACUACUUUCUAGAAAUCUACUGUUAGUUUUUGGAGAUCUUUCUGUCCUUCCAUUGAGGACUAUAUCCACUUGAAUUUUGGAGAAAUUAUCUUAUAAGCAGCAGUGGUGAAUGAGCUCUGUUUGUUUUGAAAAGUAGCAUAGAAAACUAGUGUACUUUCAGAAGAAAUCAGAAAGUGACUUGCAGAGGCUUUCAAAAGGUCGAGUUUUCCCCCCUCAAAUCUUUUCUGGUGCUUUCCCUGCUUCCUUUUCCCCAAAUUUACCUGACAAUGUGCAGUUUUCACCAGAGGCUUCUAUAGGAAGCCAUCACGCUCCCUCCAUUACUCAGUACUAAUACUAAGCAUCCCAAACAUCAGAAGCAUUGGCACAUAUAUAUAUCCCAGGGUCUCGGGUGCUUUGACUACUGCUAUUACAGUGUCAGAAUUACUGAAGAUUGGUCAGAUGAAAAGGUUUGGACUGUAAUCUGAAGUGACUGAGAUGUGGGGUGGGAAUUCAUCUUGCUUUGUAACGGAUGCAAGAAUGACAAGGAUGACAUAAGUGAUUACAGAUUUCAGCAAGAAUGUUACUUGUAAAGUUAGAUUAGGUGUUCCUGGCUUGGCAAAUUGUUAACAUGUGUCUCAUUACCAUUCAUCCUAUGUUUCAUGCAGUUGAUGUAUUAAAUGAUAGAGCUCAAUCAGGUUGAAGCAGAAGAUUGUCCUGUCACUGAUCCCUUGCAUUAAAUGAAGGAAGAUUUUGAUAGAUAUUCAGAGGCUGAAAUGUAUUCCCAGGUAGAUAAUGUAUAUUGCUGAAGGAAUUUCUGACUCUUUCUUUUUCAGAGUAAGAAAUGUAGAGGCAAGUAUUGUGAGAGUAAAAUAUCUGAGUCUGUUCCGGAUUUGUUUUUCUCUCAGUUGCAUUGACUUUAUUUUGCUUUUUGACAAAAUUCUCCCUUGCACCACUGAAUGAUUAGGUGAUGACCCAGAGUGUAGUUGUCUUUCCAUGGUAUCAUGGUACGGUGGUUGUCUUUACAUGGUAUUUUUAAACCCUUAAUGAAAGAUAUAUGCAACAGUAGAGUCUAUACAAAGUCAAAUGGAGGGAAGGCACAUUUUCCCCUGCAAAACUUAGCCCUGUGCAGCUGUUUGCCAGCAAUAAUUGGAGAAUCAAUCUACAUAUUUUUCCCUUGCUGUCUCCAGCUACCUCUUAAAUCUUUGCACAUGGAACAGAAAGAUCUGUACAAGGACUUGUAAAUGUGUGUGAAUGCACUUCGGAUUUCCUGUUAUAAGGAACCAUGAGCAUGCUUACAAACCCCUAUGCAGACCUUGUGUUCAACACACAGAGAUCAAUAAGAGAAGCAGAGACAUUUGAGGAAAGAGAUGUGUGUUUUCACAUGUUUCAACUUCAUUUUAGUCUGACAAGUGCUGUAAGCAAAUAGCUGCAUAGGCCUUUUUGCUCCCCUUUCACUAGUUAUGAUUUACUAGGCAGUACAAGAAUACAUUUGACAUCCAAAUAAGUGUUACUUGUAAUGAAUUCGUUUACUAAACUCAUGGUAACCAGACUUGAAACUGAAAGAGCGACAUAAUCCUAUGUCUCCCAUAAACACUCCAAAGCUGCUGUUCUUUAAAAAAAAUUCUAUGUCCAAUUUGUCUAGUACAGAACAAAAUUCAAACUGCUGUAAUGCAGGUGAUUACUGAAUCUGCAGACACAAACCUGGAAAUAUAAAACAACUUGCAGUAUAAUGCCAACAUAGCAAUAUACUCUUCUAGUCACAUGCCCAGCUUUCCAUAUAUAGAGAGGGGGGGGAGAGAGAAAGGGAGAGGGGAGAGAGAAGUGUUUCUGAAAGGCAACAAAGGAUGAAAAUGUAUUGUUGUAGAGCAGGCUUAUCAGACCUGCUGCCUUGCUCCAUUUCUGCUGGCGCUACUCUUAGGGCUUAUUGGUGGAUAUGAGAAUAUUUUAAAUAACUUGAAACUUCCUCAAUAAACUCACCAGGGCUUGGAGGCUGCCACACACUUGCUGCCCUGGAUAAGAGUGCCCUUCUUUCCUAUAGUGUUGAAAAUGUAUGUAAACGUUGUGUUGUUUCUCCAUAUUGUAAGAGUACUGCCCGAGCAACAAUUUAGCCACAGGGGUGUUGGCAUUGCAUGUGCUUUGAACCAUUAUUAUAUCCCUAAUUAGUCCAUAGGGUGGACUAGAUUUUAAGGACUCCAUACCACAUGUGUAAUGGCUGUAGAGUACUACAUAAUAAAAGCCAUAGCUAACAUACCCCUCCACACAGAAUUUCUUAAGAUGUACAGUCUGAGGCAAGGUGCGGAAUUAAAAGGAAGGAGCCAUGUAUAGAGUUUGUAAAUAAGCCUGGCUAUAUUAUAAAUUUGUACUGGUAUUUUUCUGUAUAUUUGAAAUAUUUGGGUUAGAAAUAAAAACAAAACUGGACUUUUCAUGAA